UGCUGCUGCUGCUGCUGCUGUUGCUGCCGCCUGCGCCUGCUGCCCCAACUCGGCGCGCGCCUCCUUCAUGGUGUGCGGAGGUCAUGUUCGCUCCUUAGCCGGCCCGCGACUCUCCUCCUCGCCUCCUCGCCCCGCAUGUUCAGGACCAAACGAUCUGCGCUCGUCCGGCGUCUCUGGAGGAGCCGUGCGCCCGGCGGCGAGGACGAGGAGGAGGGCGCGGGGCUUGGCGAGCUGCGGGGAGAAGGCGCGGCGACGGACGGCCGGGCGCAUGGGGCCGGCGGCGGCGCGGGCAGGGCCGGCUGCUGCCUGGGGAAGGCGGGCCGGGGCGCCAAAGGUCACCAGCAUCCCCACCCCCCAGCCGCGGGCGCCGGCGCGGCCGGGGGCGCCGAGGCGGAUCUGAAGGCGCUCACGCACUCGGUGCUCAAGAAACUCAAGGAGCGGCAGCUGGAGCUGCUGCUCCAGGCCGUGGAGUCCCGCGGCGGGACGCGCACCGCGUGCCUCUUGCUGCCCGGCCGCCUGGACUGCAGGCUGGGCCCGGGGGCGCCCGCCGGCGCGCAGCCCGCGCCCCCGCCGCCGCCGCCCGCGUCCUUCUCGCUCCCGCUCCUGCUCUGCAAAGUGUUCAGGUGGCCGGAUCUCAGGCAUUCCUCGGAAGUCAAGCGGCUGUGUUGCUGUGAAUCUUACGGGAAGAUCAACCCCGAGCUGGUGUGCUGCAAUCCCCAUCACCUGAGCCGGCUCUGCGAACUAGAGUCGCCCCCUCCUCCUUACUCCAGAUACCCGAUGGAUUUUCUCAAACCAACUGCAGACUGUCCAGAUGCUGUACCCUCCUCCGCUGAAACAGGGGGAACAAAUUACCUGGCCCCUGGGGGGCUUUCAGAUUCCCAACUUCUUCUGGAGCCUGGGGAUCGGUCACACUGGUGCGUGGUGGCAUACUGGGAGGAGAAGACUAGAGUGGGCCGACUCUACUGUGUCCAGGAGCCCUCCCUGGACAUUUUCUAUGAUCUACCUCAGGGGAACGGCUUUUGCCUUGGACAGCUCAAUUCGGACAACAGGAGUCAGCUGGUUCAGAAAGUACGCAGCAAGAUCGGCUGUGGCAUCCAGCUCACACGGGAAGUGGACGGUGUGUGGGUGUACAACCGCAGUAGUUACCCCAUCUUUAUCAAGUCAGCCACACUGGACAACCCGGACUCCAGGACGCUGUUGGUACACAAAGUGUUCCCCGGCUUUUCCAUCAAGGCGUUCGACUACGAGAAAGCCUACAGCCUGCAGCGGCCCAAUGACCACGAGUUUAUGCAGCAGCCUUGGACUGGCUUCACCGUGCAGAUCAGCUUCGUGAAGGGCUGGGGCCAGUGCUACACCCGCCAGUUCAUCAGUAGCUGCCCGUGCUGGCUGGAGGUCAUCUUCAACAGCCGGUAGCUGCGUGGGGAGAGGGGCAGGGCAGCGAUGAGCCGCCCUGCCUCGACUACUUUGCUGCUAAUGUUUUCCUCCGAGUGCUUGCUCCGUCCUGCAGACUCUGGUCCGCUGUCUCCACUUUCUUGCCCUUUGCUCGUCCCCCUUGGUUAUGUGGUUUGUGUUCACCUAGAAAUAGCUUAUGGAAACAACGAUUGUUUGAGGGUUCAACCCUGUACGAAAGGGAGAAGCGAAAAAUCUGUACCCCGAGCCCAGCACCUGAACGAGGAGCCAAGCCCUGAUGGGGAUGGGAGGAGAUGGUCGUUUGCUCUGUGGGGGUAGAUGUGAGAGCGAGUAUGUGUGUGCAGAGAAGGGGUCCCACAUGUGUGCGUGUUCUUCUGUGGCUGCUUCUCCACUGGGCUCCCCGGAGGUUAUUUGUGUGGCUGCCUUUGGGGCCUGCUCAGAAGGAUGGGGCAGCACCCCUGCAGGCUAGCUGGUGGCUGUGGGUAAAAGCAGCCGCCUGGGGAAUCCCUCGCCCCGCCUCUCCCCACUAGGACACCAGCCUUGUCUGUCGACUAAGCUGACAGGCUGGAGGUUGACCAGACCCAGUGUUUUUCUCUCUGCUUGUCUUGCUCCCCUUCGGCCACCCUGCUGCUGUGUCCUGUUUUUUUGUUGUUAUUGUUGUUGUUUUCUUUCUCUCGUUCUCUCUCUUUCUGCCUCUGGAACUCUGAGAUGGACUCCUGAGGGCAACCCCCACAGUAUUGCUUCCCUGAGUUACCCUCAGCCUCUUCCCUGCCCCAGCCACAUCAGGUUUUUCCUGGACUCAGAAAACCAGCUCAGCACUUUUUUCGUCCCCUUCCCGGCCUGUGUGUUGAGCUCUGCUGUUAGACCAGCGAGGAGGGCAGCUCUGGGAGGGAGACACCCUCUCUCCUUCUUUCCUACCAAGAAGGAUUUGGUCCAUCCUAACUCUAGGUACCAUCCUGGGCUGACCCCUAACUUCUUUCAUUUCUUCUACAACUCAUACACUCGUAUGAUACUUUGACACUGCUCUUAGCUCAAUGAGCAUGUUUAGACUUUGACAUAAGCUAUUUUUCUAACUACAAAGGUUUAAAUGAACAAGAGAAGCAUUCUCAUGGGAAAUUUAGCAUUGUAGUGCUUUGAGAGAGAAAGGACUCCUAAAAAAAACAAACCUGAGAUUUAUUAAAGAAAAAUGUAUUUUAUGUUAUAUAUAAAUAUAUUAUUACUUGUAAAUAUAAAGACGUUUUAUAAACAUCAUUAUUUAUGUAUUGUGCAAUGUGUAAAACAAGAAAAAUAAAGAAAAGAUGCACUUUGCUUUAAUAUAAAUGCAAAUAACAAAUGCCAAAUUAAAAAAAGAUAAACACAAGAUUGGUGUUUUUUUCUAUGGGUGUUAUCACCUGGCUGAAUGUUUUUCUAAAGGAGUUUAUGUUCCAUUAAACAAUUUUUAAAAUGUAUACUUGA